AUGGCAGCCAGACUCGCAGCCGAGGAGCAAUGGUGCUCGGAGCGUCCGGAGGCGCGUCGGUGUUUCGGAAAUCUCGGAGGAGCAGAUGAAAUGCCGGGGAAUAUGAGGAAAGAGGACGCCCCGAGUCGGAGCGCUUCUUUGACGUUCACCAUCGACAACAUCCUCAACCUGAAGCAGCGGGACGACGGAGACCUGGACGGGUCAAAGGAGCAGAGGGACAGUGGAUGUAAGAAGGAUUUCCAAGCGCGGUGCGAUGAGGUGUGGGACGUCCGGAGGAGGCACGACAGCGGAGCAGAGGAGACAGCGCAAACGAAGCCCAGAGUCCAUCGUGCGGACCGCGGGGAAAACACACCGCCGCUGACCGCCGGCUCCUGUCCCGGGGCUCACAGCGCGCACACCGCCGAGGACGCGUCCGAGCAGCAGCAGCAACAACAGGCCGGCGCGGACACCAAAGCCAUGGUCAAGAAGAAAACGCGCACCAUCUUCUCCAAGAGACAGAUAUUUCAGCUGGAGGCCACUUUUGACAUGAAGAGGUAUCUGAGCAGCUCGGAGAGAGCGUGUCUCGCCAGCUCUCUGCAGCUCACCGAGACCCAGGUUAAAAUCUGGUUUCAGAACCGGCGCAACAAGCUGAAGAGACAGCUAUCCACGGACAUGGAGGGGCCGCUGGCCGCCGAGCACCUCUCGGACGCAGGAAAAAACGUGCAAUUACCGACUUUUUACAAAGACAGCAGUCUGUUGGGUGGAUGUUUGUUACCCAUGCCUUUCCCCGUUGUCUACCCGACUGCGAACGCCGCGCCUUACAUCUACUUCUCCAACACUGGCAAAUAUUUUGGCCUGUUUGACGCAGACUGA